CUUGCUAAUCAUAUCAUCACUUUCAAAGUUAUCAUUUUAGUGUCUUUCAUUCAAAGAACAAAAAAAAAGUGUCCUAACAUGGCAAAUGUAGGCACUUUGGGACAAGCCUCAACUUCUAGAAAUAUAAACACACUCUACCAAGCAAUUCAACAAGAUUCAAGCAUUCUGAAAGAAAUCGAUGCAAUGCUGGAACAAGCUGCAAUUUCUGGAAAUAAGCUCCACCCAGCAAUUAAACAUAAUUCAAGCAUUCUGGAGGAAAUCAAUGCAAUGCUGGAACAAGCUGCAACUUUUAGAAAGAUAAACAUGCUCUACCUAGCAAUUCAACAGAAUCCAAACAUUUUGGAGAAAAUCAAUGCAAUGCUGCUGGAACAAGAUACAACUUCAAGAAGUAUGAACAUGCUCUACCGAGCAAUUGAACAGAAUCCAAGCAUUCUGGAGGAAGUCAACACAAUGCUGGAACAAGUUGCAACUUCUAGAGACAUAAACUUGCUCUACCAAGCAACUCAACAGAAUCCAGGCAUUUUGCAUGUAGUCAAUGCAAUGUGGAAACAAGCUACAACUUCUGAAAAUACAAAAAUGUUCUACCAAGCAAUUCAACAGAAUCCAAACAUUCUGGAGGUAGUUAAUGCAAUGAGGGAACAAAUUGUAACUUCUGGAAAUAUAAGCAUGCUCUCCCGAGCAAUUCAACAGGAUCGAAGCAUUCAGGAGGAAGUCAAUGUAAUGUUGAAACAAACUGUAACUUCAACAAAUAUGAACAUGCUCUACCGAACAAUUCAGCAGAAUCCAAGCAUUCUGGAAGAAGUCAAUGCAAUGCUGGAACAAGCUGCAACUUGUAAAGAUAUAAACAUGUUCUACCGGACAAUUCAACACAGUCCAAACGUUUUGCAAGUAGUCAAUGCAAUGUUGGUACGUGCUGCAACUUUUGGAAAUAUAGACAUGCUCUACCGAGCAAUUCAACAGAAUCCAACCAUUCUGGAGGAAGUGGAUGCAAUUCCAUUUGUGAACACUCCCUUGCAUACUGCUGCUUCUGCCGGGCACAUCGAGUUUGCGAUCGAGAUUAUGGGAUUGAAACCUUCAUUUGGUUUCAAACUGAAUUCGAAAGGAAUGAGCCCCAUCCACGUUGCUUUGCUCCGGAAUCGUCACGAUCUGGUGUAUCGCCUUGUAGAAAUUAAUAAAGACCUUGUGAGAGUCAAAGGGAAGGAACGCCUCACUCCUUUGCAUCUUCUGUGCCAAUCUGGUUCCGACAGAAGAAACAUCAGGCUUCUAAUUCAUUUCCUCGAUAUAUGCCCGGAUUCUAUCAAGGAUGUGAAUGUAAGAAAGGAAACUGCACUUCACAUUGCCCUGAGGUGUGGAAACCUGAGUGCCCUUGAAAAAAUGGUUGACUGGCUCAAAGAAAACACCUUCUAUAAUGGUGCAGACGAUUUAGAACGCUCCAUCCUGAACAGGACUGUAGACGGCAACAACAUUUUGCACCUUGCAACACUCUGCGGUAAUACACAGGGUGUUAUGUUAUUGAUUGGAAGUAAAAAGAUGGACAAAAAUGCCAAGAAUUCUUCGAACCAAACAGCAUUAGACCUAGCUAUAGCUCAUUCUUAUCCAGAGAUUGAAAGAAUACUAGAGGGAGCUAAAGCAAAACGUGGCGCAGCAACUAAUCAUGGCGGUCAUCCCAAGUUAAGGAAAGCAGUACUAGUUUUUCGGAGAAAGAUAUGGCCUAUUCGUCGCAUUAGAAAUAGCAUGUCUUCACAACAACGUGAGGCAUACAUGGUAGUUGCUGCUCUUAUUAUAACCACAGUCUAUCAGACAGCAUUGAAUCCACCAGGUGGACUCUAUCAGCCUGACAAUAAUCUCAACUCUACUACUUCAUCAUCAUUCUCUCUCAAUUCUACAAACACCGCUACUGUGCCAAGGAUAGCCGGGAAAGCAAGCAUCAAACCCUCUGAGUUCAUUCUUAUAUCAAUGAUAAACACUGCGACCCUUUACUUUGCAAUUACAACAAUCAUUAUUGUAAUGCCAGAUGGGAUCAUCGGCGUCUUUCUUGGCGCGCCGGUGAUGUUUCUUGCCUUAAGUUAUGUCGGGUCUAUUGGAUUGAUAGCGCCCACCGGUAAGGGAUUCAUUAUUUCCUUUCCAUUUAGCUGUGGUGUUUUAGUAUUCUUUCUUUUUAUGUGGAUACCCGGCCCGGAAGGAAAUCGUGGUUUAGUGGCUUAAGCAUUCUUUGGAUUCAGAUAGCUCUAAAUAUGGCCAGUUACGUAUAUAACUUUUUCAUAGCUAUCGGGUUGCAUGAUCAUUACGAAGAAUUUUACUUUGAUAUGUAUAAGUGUUAACCUUUCUUAUUUGUAAUAACAAUCUAAACACUUCAAUACAAAA